ACCGUGGACGGCCAAUAGGAUCGCCUGAAUCGAGUAUAGAGAACGUUGAUAUAUUUCCUGGCAGCCAAUCCGUGAGAUCGUUCGGCUGUGUUAUUGGUGGUGACGCAUGAAAAUAUUUUUGUUGGUGCUAGAGAACAGGACGGAGUGUAGGUAGCGCUAGAGUCUAGUCGAAAGGUUAUUUAUUUGUUUAUUUAUUGCAUUUUUUUUUGUUUGUUCCACACCGAAGACCAGUCGCAGCUGCGUCUUUGUUUUAUCACAGCAAUAAAAAAAUAGCCAUGUCGGUGAAUAUGGACGAGCUCCGGCACCAAGUGAUGAUAAACCAGUUCGUUUUGACUGCUGGCUGUGCGGCGGACCAAGCGAAACAGCUACUGCAAGCGGCUCACUGGCAGUUUGAGACGGCAUUAAGCACUUUCUUCCAGGAAGCCAAUGUUCCCAGUCACCACCAUCAAAUGAUGUGUACCCCACGCAACACCCCGGCUACCCCUCCCAACUUCCCAGACGCCAUAACCAUGUUCUCCAAGCUGCGUGCCUCGGAGAGCAUGCACAGCAACAACAGCCCGGUCCCAGGCUCCAUGGCCUGCUCCCCACCGGGAAACUUCAGCUCCUUCUGGGCUUCCUCGUCCCCCAGCCACCAGCCCGCCUGGCUGCCCCCCUCCUCCCCCACCAGCCACCACCUCCACUUGCAGCACCACCUCCACCAGCCCAUGUGGCCCCCAGUCUCCCAGCCCGGCAGCGCACAGCAGAAAAGUGUGACCGCCAUCCACGGCCAGAGAUGAGACUCACAAACUCCAAGAGCAGACUGGCCUGCUAUGGGGAGGGAGGGAUGGGCAGAGGGUGCAAUAACCCUUUUUCUUUUUUUUUUCUUUUUUUUUUUUAUAAUAAUAUUAAUAAUAGUUAACUGUCAAAUUUUUUGUGUGUGUAUGCAUAUUCAUGUGCAGUAUAAUGAUCAUCACUAAAACAGGGGAGAGAACCACUAAUCACAAUCGGAUACAAACAUUAUUUCUGAGAACUACUACUAUAUUGCGUGGACUUGAAAGCACUGGAAAAUGUGUUGGUGUAGCAGCAAGAGUGGCACCCCCUACUGGGCUGGCAUAGACACAGAUUUUUUAAAUUUUUCUGUGUUUUUGUUCCCCUCCCCAACAUGACAUCAACAAGAUACUCUUCAUUCAAAUUGAAAAGCGUCUUCACUGUUCAGGAGCACAUUAAUUACGUAGAGCAUGGAUGGUACUGCUUACUAGGUGAGAGGAACAGUCGGCACUUUUUACCUAAUCGUCUUUGCACAACUAUUCUUAACACCAGCCUCAAGAACAAGAUUUUUAACUCUAUAAACCUCUAUAGCACAGCCCAGGACAGAUGUUAUUGACAUGAUGAUAAUGCACUGCUUAUUUCUACAGCAAACCCUGAGCGUUUCUCGGUUCUAUUUAGAUUCUUUUUUUUUUAAUUGAUACCAGCAAUUUUAAAAAACUCAGUUCUUCAGUUUCUUUUUUUCUUUCCUUCCUUCCAUCAAACUGGUGUCUGACUCCUCCCUACACCACCAGAUAUGUUGGCUACAUCUCCAACUGAACUGUGCAUGGUCCCAAUAAUGAAAGAUAUAUCCAGAUAACCAUCAACAACUCCUGCCACUUCCAGACCUACCAUGUGACAGCAGGGUGAAUGGGAGAAGGCAAUUUUGCCUAAACCUCAGAAUACAACAAUCAUGUCCGACAUCCUAAGUUGCAGAAAACAUCAGGGUUUAUUUACACAAUGCAAAGACCACCCCAAUACUGCAUUGCCUUACCGCAGGGUUCCUCGGCUCCUCUGAGUCCCCUGUCCAUGCAGUGGGAGAGCGAAGCUACACAGCACACCUUUCCUGAAGCUAGGUAUUCACCGUGGUUAGAAACACACCACAGCCAGGCUGUGUUCUUCAGGGACUACCUUCUCACCUCUUUUAUAUUGAAUCUAUACUACACACGUGUCUAUAUAAGAAAUUAUGGAUUUUGAUUACUGAUUGCUUAGUUGGAUAAUUACCAGUUACCAACUGUUGUGCUUUAGCUGUAAUAUAUCAACGUUUUGAAAUUCCUGACAAAAGCCUGUACAUUCUCCACUCUCAAUACAUCAAAGAAAGAUGGACUGCCCAUGGAUGGUUGUAUACCAAGGUUGUCUAUAAGCUAGCUUUGUAUAACCAUGGCAGCUGAAUGAAAACGCAAGGUCAUCGCAUCUCGCAGUAAUAUUUUACAGAGAACACUACAACAGCGUAACCUCUCGUCUGCUGCUCCGCUCUGCCUUCAGUACAAUUACAUUUAGAAAGACUGUAAAAUAAUGGCAGCAAGUGUAUGAACAUCCAUCUUAAUUUUAUAGGAACAAAUCCGAGCGAAUUUCAUAAUGUUGUUAAUGAAUGCACAUGGGUUUAAAUGCAAUAACAAAUGAAUAAGAGGGAUUAGAAUGUAAAGUAAUGGGUAAUCCAUUGCAGUUCAUGUGGAUUUGCAGCCCUUACUCUGAUCUUGCAACUCACUUGCAUGGUCAAAGAGCUAGCUAGAGGCUCCGUUCAUUCACUCUCUCACACUCCCUGCUGACUGAAAGAGUUGUAGACAUAUGUGGAGCACCUUUAAACUAUAAGGAACAAGGUUGAGCGGACAAACAGUCCAACAAACUCCUUCAGCAGAACAGUUUGAUUUGAAACGGCUGCAGAUGAUGGAUUGACUUUGGGCACAACCUCCCCACUGGACUUCCCAACGCUACACUGCACCAAGGUGGGAUUCUGGGGAUUUCAGGAUUUCCUCGUUUGGAUUUGCAUGCUUUAGCCCCCCCUGGCUAUUUUAAGUUCUGCGAUUUAUGGAACACACCAUGCAAUUUGGGAUUAUUGAACUCGGCCCAUUAAAUACAGACAUCAUAGGAACCUUUUACUUUUGUACACAUCUCUUCAGUAAACAGAACUACUGUGUCAUAGAAACUAUGAAUUUUGACAGUAUUUUUUUUUUAAAGAUCUGUAAAGUGUUCUGGGAUUUAUUAUUAUUAUUAUUAUUGUUGUUUUCAUUUUUAUUUUUGGACACUGAUGUUUUUCCUCUUCUCUCCAUGAAGUUUUUCAAUGCAUCAAAAAAAGAAAUGAUGUUGGAACAGGGGUUUAUUGUGCUUUAAAAGUGUUUGUGGGUUAUGAACUCUUGUCUUGUUUUUACUAAGGGGUUUGAAUUGGAUGGUCAGUUUACAGCAUUGCCUGAACAUAAUGCACUGCCCAGCCAUAAGUAUAUGGGGUAUACUCUGCUAAGAAUCCAGGGCACACUGAGUGACUGACUGAUCGCACUUUCACCUGUCAUCCCAAAAAACAAGUCCUGCAAGGGUUUUCUUCAUGCCGCACAUUUCUCUAGUGUUUGUCUGGUGUUGGAACCGCUGCUUAGAAAGGGGGUGUUUAGCAUUCUAGUAACUUGUCUAGUAUGAUUUCCAGCAGGUAUUUGAGUGGGAUGAUUUAUUGGCUGAAAUUGAAUGGUAAUCCUGCAGAGAGAGAGGAAGAGAAAAAAUCCCUGAAAUCAUAUGUAUGCACAGGGCAUGUUGUCCAAACCUGCAUUCAGAAUGAUACUAUGUGAGCUUGAUCGGAGCUGUGUCAGCAACACGGUUUUAUUUGGGUCUAUGCUACAAAUUGCAUUUUGCAUUUUCAUUUGAAUUCUUUUUUUAUGUUUUUGAUUUUUAAUCUGCCAGCAGCGGUUUGGCUGAACAAACUGGUUAGUGAGUCUUUAGCUUUUGUGCUGUGUCACCAUAGUAGGCAGUUUACAUGUCAUGCAGCAGCUUGUGCAGCAAGUCUUAAUUGAAUGAAGCCCCUGUUGUGGUAGGUAGUACACCCUGCUGUAUAUUGCAAUAUAAAUCUCAGUUGUAUGGAACACUGGGAGCACAUCGAGGUACAUUUGAAAAGCACAGUGCUGUACACUCAUCACUGUUCAGGCGCUAGGACUUUUCAUAUUUGAUCUGUGGUAUGAUUUAUAAAGAUCAAAUCAGGAGGAGAAGGUACUUUUUUUAAUGCUGUGGAUGAAAUCACAUAGGAGUAAUAGUCCAGGAGUCAAUAGUUCCCUGGAUAUCCGCUAUCCAUGGUAACCUCUGCAUUGUAUAAUGUGCACCGGUCUCAUAACAAAGUGCCUGGAGUCUAGUGAAACUGUGCAGUCGGAGAGAAGGUGACCUGUACUGGCGCUCCAAGUCAGCCGACGCAGAACACAAAUGAAUCCUCUCUCUCUCUUUUUUAAGUUGGAGACUUACGGAAUUGUCUGUUUACAAUAACUCUGGUGUGACCUCCUGCAUUGUGGAUUUUCUGUUUAAAGGAUACUGUUAUUUUUCUACACAAACCCUGAUAUAGGAAGCUUUGCAGAUUGAUGGCAUAGGAGUUGAUUUCAGUGAUGUAAACAGAAGGGGAUCUUAAUACAUUUAAUUACAUACGAUGAUGUGUGAAGGGGGAGUCCUUCCCCAGCCCAAAACGCCAUUAACAGUACAGUGAAAAUAGUUCUGCAUUAGAGCAGGGUUACGUGGUAUUGAGAUUCGCUGCGGGUUACAUCAUUGAAAUAGACCCAUUUAUUGUUGCUUAGUUCUGUUGCCUAGUGACAGUGGAUUGCUCGUCUAUUCAGAAGGGCCCCUCUGUGACAAUAGAAAAGUGCACUUCAAUGUGUGCUGUAUUGGUAACAUACACCACAGUGCAGAAUGGCAUUCUGCCAUCCAAGGCAUUUCUCUCACUAAUGGGGGCUCCAAAUCGUUUAAAACAAACAACUUUAUAUCAGUCUAGUUGGAUCAUGUUUUAUAGACAGACUUUCAACUUUUGCCAUGGACCUCCGGACUAUAGAUAAUUUGUGCAUGCCCUAGUUUGUAGCCUGACAUUUAGGUGACUGUUCUGUUGUAUGAUAUAAACUGCAGGAAAAAAAAAAAAGUUUAAUCAAAAGCCAAAAUUUUCUUUUGUAUAUAUGUAAAAAAAAAAAAAAAAAAAAAAAAAAUGAAAAAAGUACCAUCUUUCCUGUUUUAUUUUCCCCGUUUGAAAUUUGUAUUUAUAUAUUUAAAAAAAAUAAAGUAUUAUUUGCUACCAUC